CUGUACGUCUCUCUGGAGUUUAUUUUUUCAUUUUGUUUUAAUAAUUUUUUAUGACUUUUAAUUUAUAAGCAGCUUAUCUUCUCAUUUUCUUCUGAGUCGUCACACAGGAGGGGUGUGUGGGAGGAUAAAGAAGAUUGGACAAAGUGUGGACUGUUUAAAAGUGCAAAAGGCUGCACACACACGCAUGCACACACACACACACAUGCAGGAGUUCAGAAGAAGAUCAUCAUCAUCAUCAUCAUCAUCAUCAUCAUCAUCAUCAUCAUCAUCGUAUCUCCAUCCCUAACUCCUGCCAUGCACUCCCACUACCAGCUCGCACUCUUCUUUAUCCUACUUUGCCCAGUCAACAUCAUCGGCAUGUGGUGGGCAGUGGGCAGUCCCCUGGUCAUGGAUCCUAACAGUAUCUGCAGGAAGACUAAGCGUUUGGGCAGUAAGCAGGCCGAGCUCUGUCAGAACCAUCCGGAAAUUGUGGCAGAAGUGGUAAAGGGAGCGCGGCUCGGAGUGAGAGAGUGUCAAUACCAGUUCCGUUUCCGGCGCUGGAACUGCACCAGCCACAACAAGUACUUCGGAAAAAUCCUACAACAGGAUAUUCGUGAGACCGCAUUUGUGUAUGCCAUCACGGCGGCUGGUGUGACUCAUGCAGUAACUCAGGCUUGCAGCAUGGGGGAGCUGCUGCAGUGUGGCUGUGAAGCCCCGCCCCCUCGCCAGGCUGAUGCUCCACCUAUUGUUGAUGAGGCAUGGGAUGGGGGCGGGGCCUGGGAGUGGGGAGGUUGUGGUGAUGACGUGGAAUUUGGCUACGAAAAAUCCAAACAGUUUAUGGACACCAAGCGGCGGAAGGGCAAGAGUGACAUCCGCACUCUCAUUGACCUGCACAACAACGAGGCCGGGCGGCUGGCAGUGAAAAACUACAUGAGGACUGAAUGCAAAUGCCAUGGGCUGUCGGGUUCCUGCACACUGCGUACCUGCUGGAAGAAAUUACCUCGGUUCCGGGAAGUGGGCAAUCGUCUUUUAGACCGUUUCAAUGGUGCAUCUAAGGUUAUGGGAGGCAAUGAUGGAAAGACAUUGAUUCCUGUUGGCCAGAACAUAAAAGCUCCAGAUAAACAGGAUCUGAUCUAUUCGGCUGAGUCUCCAGAUUUCUGUCUUCCAAAUAGGAAGACCGGCUCUCCGGGGACCAAGGGGAGAACCUGCAACAGCACAGCAUUGGAUGUGAGCGGGUGUGACCUGCUGUGCUGUGAGAGAGGGUAUCGAGAUGAGGUUGUCAUUAUGGAGGAGAACUGCCUUUGUCGGUUCCACUGGUGUUGCGUCGUCCAGUGUAAAAAGUGUUCAGUCCGCAAGGAACUCAGUCUUUGUCAUUAAGCUUUUAUGUAAUGGAAAGUCUACAGCGACAUUGUCCUGUAGGUGUUUGCAGUCCCAGAUUACCUGGCUUGUAUGACUGUAGACUGGAUCACUAAGCCCAGAACAUUGACUGUGUCUCUAAAGAACUUCAGUUGUUUACUCUCGUGAUGAAGUUUCUGAUAACUGACUUAUCAGUUGGAGAAUAUACAGUAGACCAUGGACUGGUGCAUACCAUAAGACUUGUAGAGGAUUCAUUAAAUCUGAACUGUUCUGUUAAUGAGUCUGUAGAAUUGUAGGGGACUCUAGAACACAGAUAAACCUUGUUGGAUAAAGUUUCAAUUUAACUACCUGUUCAAAAUGAGAAGCUGGAAUGUCUAUUGGCUGAAUUGUGGCUGCCUAAGUUCCAGACUCCUUCUUAAACAUUCUACUGUACUACAUGUUCUGAUGGAGCUUUUUCACACUGACCCAGAUGGUAAAUACUUUUGAAUGCUGAUUCACAUUUUUAAGCAUGGUUGUCUUAUACAGAUUUAUCAUCUGUCAUUGACUUAGCUGGUGAAAGAUAUGGACUGCUUUACUUAGGGUGCUGACUUGAUGCUCCACAGCAUGGGUCACUUGCAGACUGAACCAAAAUGCACUCCUUUAAAGAUGUUCUGGAAUAUUGACUUACCUAAUGAUGAUUCAAUGACAGCGACCCUGUAGGUGGAGAAUCCAGAACAUGAGCUGACUUCCUGUGGUUAUGGAAUGUUGUUACAGACUUCUGUAGAGAGAUGACCAAAGGAUGGACUCUGCUUAAAGUUUUUGAAAACUCUAAAAAAAAAAAAAUACACUUGCAUAAGUUUUAAAACAGAGACUCACCUAGUGAAGCUCUGGAAAACAAAAUCUUGACUUAUCUAGAUGCAGAUCUAGAAAGCCAUACUUUUUCAAUGUCAAAGCUCUAAAAGACUAACUGAGACCAGAUUGACCUUUCAACUGGAAAUACUCCAGCAUGUACUGUACAAAUUCUAGACCAGUGACUCCCUUGCAGAUCCUGAUUUUCCUACAGAUGGUUCUGCCCUAGAACUGAGAGUUAAUAGUCUUUUUAAUACUUCAAAAGUAAACACUGCACUGUUCUCCUAAACAUAUUUUAUCUGUAGUUGAUUUCCAGCUCUGACUCUCAUACUGUAGUCCUCAAGUGCAUUUCUAGACCCAUCAGGGAUGAUGCAGAAUACAGUACUGGUUUGUAACACAUCAAGACAAAAGACAAAGACUUCUAUUUAUACACAAUAACAUGGUGACUACUAACAGAAUGUGAUUUCUCUGGAAUUUUCUAUACAAAGCACUUUGAAUAUGAAAACUAUGCACAUUGUAGUGUACUCCCAGUGUUUUUUUUUCCUGUUUAAAACAGCAAUAUC